UGCGUCGUCAUCGUAGCCCAAAGGCAGAUAAGGUUCCACGUCAGGCAGCCAAAGCCGACAUGGUUCCGACGCUCCAUAAUGCGCGUACACACACGGAUGUAUUAAUCUCUUAUCUUGUAUUUGUUGUUCAUUAUUUUUUUUUUAUAAAUAAAUGAAUAAAUGAAUUGGCGUGUCGUUUGAAGCGAUCUGAUUAUCCGUGUCAUAAAUUGAUUGAAGAAUUUCUUAUGAAUUACGAUCAAAAUCGAACAAACAGAUUGCAAAAGCAUCUGAUGUUUGUAUCUUCUGCGUUUUGAUCGCUGAUUGGACCAGAGAAGUUAGCCAUCGUUGUUGAAAUGAUUUGGAUGUCGAAAUUUUGAGGGAAAAAAAAAAAGGAAAAUUUAUCAAAACAUUUUUUAGAUUUUAUCCGAUUACCUCGAUUGUAGCAAAACGCAGAGUUUUGUUUUUGUUUUUAGGGGUAUUUAUCAUUAUUUGGUUGUUGUUCUUCGUUUUGGAUAACGAAUAUUAUGGUUUUGGAUCUAAACGAUAUGUCGAGAAGGGAGCAUCGGCAAGAUCAACAAUCUAGGGUUUUCUACGAACUAUCGGCUUUAAUUUUGAACAUACUCCGGUAUCCUCCGACGCCGAUCCAAUACUCUGAUUCUGAUGAAGUAUCUACGUCUUCCCGAAGGCAGCCUCAACGGCAUCCGUUAACGCAACUAACUCCGGCGGGGUUCGCAUCGUUGCUAUUGGGGAUAUCGUUGUCCUUGAUGCUGUGUGGAUCGAUAACGUUCUUCAUAGGGUUCUUAUUGAUGCCUUGGGUGCUUGGAUUGGUUUUGGUGUUUUAUGUUGUUGGGAUUAUUUCGACUCUAGCAAUGCUCGGUCGCGCCAUUUUUUUCCAUACUUUUUCUCCUAAAAAAGGCGUUCCUGCGUGGAAACUGUUGUGAACAAAAGGCUAUAUAGACCAUCGAGUUACAUCAACAGCCGAUCGCUGCUUUCUUGAUGCAGCACGCGGGAAGGGGUUAUUAGUUAUAAAGAUAGAGAUAUAUUACUGGAAACUGUGCAUAAAUGGAUACACGGACUUCUACUCUGUUUUAAAAUUUUCAACUAGAAUUUAGUACAACACAAACACAUGGACACAUGGAAUGGAGGAUUUCUGUUUCUUGAACAUAAUGUUAUUAGAGGUGACCUGGAAAAACAGUCUUUUUUCUGGGUUAUGUUGGGUUUGGGUGCCUAUGAUUUAUGAAAAUGUGUAAUUUGUUACCUCAUUCUUUUUAAUAUUUGUUUUGCUUGCACGAUAUAAUUAACAAAAUAUCAAUUUUUCAGUCUUUCUACAAAA